CAUUGUUACAAUCCUCCCAUUUCCUGCAACACAACACUUCCAUGUCUCGCGUGAAGGGUAUGCUGUUUUAUCGCUUCACAUCGGACUGUACCUGCUGCCUGGAGACUGACAACGAUGGAAAAAUAAAGAGCGAAUAUGAGAGGGGUUCGCCGCAAACUGUCAUUAGGUUGACAGAGAUGGGCUGCUGAUUUUGGGAAUCCCGGAGAGCUGGAAGCGCCCAGGAGCACCAUGACCGUGUUCAACCAGGAGAAUGUGGAGGAUUAUUAUGAGAUUGGAGGAGAACUCGGCAGUGGUCAGUUUGCCGUGGUAAAGAAAUGUCGUCACAAGAGCACUGGUGUGGAGUAUGCGGCCAAAUUUAUCAAGAAGAGGCGGAGCAAAUCCAGCCGAAGAGGGGUCUCGAAAGACGACAUUGAGAGGGAGGUCAGCAUCUUGAAGGAAAUCCAGCACCCCAAUGUCAUCACCCUGCACGAUGUGUUCGAAAACAAGCAUGAGGUCAUCCUCAUCCUGGAGCUUGUGGCUGGUGGAGAACUCUUUGACUUUCUAGCGGAGAAAGAGUCGCUGAGUGAAGAGGAGGCCACCGAGUUCCUCAAGCAGAUCUUGGAUGGAGUCAGUUACCUGCACUCCAAACAGAUUUCCCACUUUGACCUGAAGCCGGAGAACAUCAUGCUGUUAAACCGGAGCGUGCCUCACCCGCGCAUUAAGCUCAUUGACUUUGGCCUGGCCCACAAGAUCGAUUUUGGCAACGAUUUCAAAAACAUCUUUGGUACCCCGGAGUUUGUAGCUCCAGAAGUGGUGAACUAUGAGCCUCUUGGCCUGGAGGCAGACAUGUGGAGCAUUGGAGUAAUCACUUAUAUUCUGCUUAGCGGUGCUUCACCUUUCCUGGGUGAAAACAAGCAGGAGACACUUGCCAAUGUGUCAGCCGUGGACUAUGAGUUUGAUGAGGACUAUUUCAGCAACACCAGUGCUCUGGCCAAAGACUUCAUUGCACGGUUACUAAUCAAAGAUCCAAAAAAAAGAAUGACAAUCCUGGACAGUCUUCAACAUCCCUGGAUCAAGCCAAAGGAUACACAGCAGGCACUGAGUCGCAAAGAAUCAGCUGUCAAUAUGGAGAAAUUCAAGAAGUUUGCUGCCAGAAGAAAAUGGAAGCAAUCAGUGCGUCUCAUCUCUCUUUGUAACCGGCUCUCCCGCUCCUUUCUGUCCAGGAGCAACAUGAGUGUGGCACGCAGUGACGACACAUUGGAUGAAGAGGACUCGUUUGUCAUGAAGGCUAUCAUUCACGCAAUAAACGAUGACAAUGUUCCCGGUCUGAAACACCUACUUGGAUCUCUAACCAGCUAUGAUAUCAAUCAACCUAACAAGCAUGGAACUCCUCCACUCCUGAUCGCUGCAGGCUGUGGAAACGUCCAGAUCAUUGAUGUGCUCAUGAAAAAAGGGGCAGAGAUUCAAGCGUUUGAUAAGACUGGAGCCAGUGCUAUCUACUACGCCGCCCGACAUGGUCAUGUGGGGACCUUGAGAUUCUUGCAUGAAAAGAAGUGCCCUCUGGACAUCCAAGAUAAGUCUGGAGAAACUGCUCUGCAUGUGGCGGCUCGCUAUGGUAAUGUGGAUGUGGUCCAAUACCUUUGCAGCAUCCAUGCCAACCCUGACCUGUUGGACCGGGAGCAGGAGACGCCUCUCCACUGCGCAGCCUGGCACGGUUAUUCAGCAGUGGCCAGAGCCCUGUGUGAGGCUGGCUGUGAUGUUAAUGCCCGUAACCGUGAGGGUGAGAGUCCACUGCUCACCGCUUCAGCCCGCGGCUUCAAGGACAUUGUGGAAUGCUUGCUGGAGCACGGGGCUGACAUGGACUCUGCUGAUAAGGACGGUCACAUCGCUCUGCAUCUAGCAGUGAGGAGGUGCCAGGUUGAGGUGGUCAAGUGUUUGCUCAGCCAUCACUGCUAUGUGGACCAUCAGGAUCGUCACGGCAACACACCACUUCACAUCGCCUGUAAAGACGCCAACAUGCCUGUGGUCACGCAGCUCUGUGCUGCCAAAGCCAACCUGGAUAUUCCCAACAAAUUUGGGAGAACACCUCUUCACCUGGCAGCGAGUAAUGGGGGUCUGGAGGUGGUGCGGCAUCUCUGUCUUUCAGGAGCAAAUACUGAGGCCAUCACUAAUGAUGGAAAGACAGCGGAGGAUCUGGCCGCUGCAGAGCAGCAGGAGCAUGUAGCAGUGCUGCUGGCCAAGCUGAAAAAGGACAACCAUAAGAGCAUUUACAUCCAGCAGCUGCGACCCACACAGACCCUCCAACAUCGCCUCAAACUCAAGCUGUUCGGUCAUUCUGGAGCAGGGAAGAGCACUCUGGUGGAGUCCUUGAAGUGUGGCAUCUUGAGGAGCUUCUUUAGGAGGAGGAGGACCAGGCUGACCAACCCUGUCCGACACCCAGCCUCGCCAGUCACUUCCAAACCUGCUGUGUCUGUGAGCAUCUCUAACCUGUACCCGGGCUGUGAGAAUGUAAGUGUUCGGAGCCGCAGUAUGAUGUUUGAGCCCAGUUUAACUAAAGGAGUGCUGGAGGUCUUCAGUCCUGUUCAUAAUGCUCUCUCCACGGCUGACGACACCGCCACUAAAGCCAUCGACAUCCAGAACGCCAACGUCAAUGGUGUUGGAGACUUCAGUAUAUGGGAGUUUUCUGGUAAUCCCGUCUAUUAUUGCUCGUAUGACUACUUCGCUGCCAAUGAUGCCACAGCGAUUCAUCUGGUCCUGUUCAGCCUGGAGGAGCCCUAUGAAACUCAGCUCAACCAGGUCACAUUCUGGCUGAACUGCCUGAAGGCUCUCACGCUGCCAGAGGACAACAUCGCCUUUGGAGGGAAGAUCAGGAAUCCUCUGCGUGUGGUUCUGGUGGCCACACAUGCUGACAUUGUGAAUCUGCCACGAUCGUUUGGAGGAGAGUUCAGCUAUGACAAGGAGAGAUCUCUACUGAAGGAAGUCAGAAACAGGUUUGGAAAUGAUCUGCUGAUCACUGAGAAGCUCUUUGUCAUGGAUGCAGGAGCGUCCAACUCUAAAGACAUAAAGCUGCUGAGAAACCUUCUGUUAGAGCUCCGCAGCACCAUCAUUUCUACCUGCAGGCCGAUGACUCAGCUGGCAGAGAAGCUGUUGUCCACUCUGCCUUCCUGGAGGAAACUGAACGGGCCGAACCAGCUCAUAUCAUGGCAACAGUUUGUUGUGGAUGUGCAAGAACAAAUCAACCCUCUAGCCAGCGAAGAGGAUCUGCGGGGACUGGCUUCACAACUACACAGCAUGGGAGAGAUUAACAUCAUGCAGAGUGAGACAGUCCAAGACGUUGUCCUGUUAGAUCCUCGCUGGCUCUGUAGUAACGUACUCGGCAAGCUUCUCUCAAUUGAAACCCCUAAAGCAAUCCACCAUUACCGCGGCCGCUACCGUGUAGAAGAGCUCCAACACCUGGUCUCCGAAGGCGACAUCGACGAACUUCUCCAGGUCCUCGAUGCUAUGGAUGUCUGCGCCCGUGACUUGGCCAACCCAGGAAUGGUAGACAUCCCUGCCCUCAUUCGCACAGGUGGACUGCAGCACACCUGGACAGAUGAGGAGGACGUGGAGGGAGAGGACGCUCUGCUUUACGGCGGAGUCCGUAUGGUUCCUGUGGAGCACCUGGCACCCUUUCCUUGUGGACUUUUCCAUAAGUUACAGGUAAACUUGUGCAGGUGGAGCCGCCAGCAGAAGCCUGAGGUAGAGGUUGAUGAUGUGAGAUUGUGGAGUGGUGGCGCUCGAAUCGGACUUGGUGGCGUGGAGGCUCUGGUUUUGCUUGUGAACCACGGGCAAGGAAUGGAGGUACAGUUACGAGGACCUGACACAGAUCCGGGACGCUGCUAUGCUUUAUUAGACACUCUGUGCGGCAUGGCUGAGGGUCUGUUAGCUGCUACUUUGCCUGGUUUGCUUACCGCCCGCCAUUAUCUAAGCCCUCAGCAACUGCGUGAACACCAUGGUCCAGUCAUGCUCUACCAGCCGAGGGACUUUUUCAGAGCUCAAGCACGAGGCGAGAACGCUCUGUCGAACACCAUGGGUGGCUAUCGUGAAAGCUUUGUCAGUAUCGUAGCAUUAGGAUGCACCCAUGUCUACAAACAGGGCAACCUCGGGGGCGAAGUGGCUGUAGCAGAGGUCAGUCUGUUGGCUCGACGUAAGCUCUGCCGCCUGCUGGACCCGCCUGAUGCCCUGGGAAAGGACUGGUGCCUGCUAGCCAUGAACUUGGGCCUUAGCGAACUAGCUGCUAAAUACAGUUCUGGCAUCAACGGGACUCCACCUGCAGACCCGCUUUCUCUCCCCAGCCCUACAGCCACGCUCCUGCAGGAGUGGAGCCAGAGACCCGACUCAACCAUUGGCGUUUUGGUCGCAAAGUUGCGAGAACUUGGCCGUCGGGAUGCGGCAGAUUUCCUGCUUAGAGCUGCACCAGUGUUUCGGGUGAACUUGGAGAUUUUGGGCACCCCGUCUGAGCCCUACAGCCCUGUGUGUAAUGGAGGAGGCACAUCCUACAACUCCAUCAGCUCCGUCAUCUCUCGUUAGGACGUCAAUGGAGAAAAACGUGCAAUUGACCAGCAGACUGGCGGUCAGUCUGAAGCUCGCUGGUGUCCUAAGACUGAAGUAUUUGAGUUAGAUACUCUACUCAUGUCCAUUUUGUUGCCCUUCGCGAUUUCUGAAUGUUCAUCCAUGGUGUCUCUGAAAAGGUGCCUAUGUAGUUUUGGCUUUUUUUCUGCAAAGCUUUUAUCUCACAUUCCCAAGGUGAAACUGCAGACAGCCUUUCUCAAAAUGUCCUUAAUGAAUGAAAAUUCUGCAAUUUGCAGCUACUUUUAUAUAUGUUUAGUUGCUAUUGGGGGGAUUAUUCGAAAUUUGUUGCCCAAAUGAUGGAUCACUAAGUGCUUGGCAGUUUUAUUUAAUAAGUGACUCAAGCUAUUGAGUGCCUUGAAGAUGGUGAAUUAUUGACAAAGAGCCAUUCUUGUAAAUUUCAGAAUUGGACAAGCAACUCUGCAAGUGUUUCUCUGUUUACCUGUCUCAUGAAGCUUUUAAUGACAUAUCAAACGCAGCAAAAGAUUCACGCUUGCUCUCAAACCUACGAAGUCCAUUGGGUAGAUUACAUUUACUACCUGAAUAUUGUUGUACUUUUUUCAGACAGGAUUAUAUUGGACUGACGAAGCACAAACAAACUAGACAUUCCUUCAAAAGUAAAUUACAUGGUACAUUAAAAGCCUUUGUCUUAUUCGCAAUCAAUUUGAUGAAAUAUUGCAGUUCAGACUACCUGUCCAAUGGAAACAUUGGACUUACAUGACGGAGAUGAUCUCAGUCUCUUCAUAAGCAUGAUCUUUGUUACAGUUGUUCAAACGUUAUUUCGAUAGAUUCCGUUUUAACAUUUACACUUGUGUGUUUGAGACUACAUUUAUUUUAAAAGCAUAGUUGUGUAUUCAUAACACUGGAGAUUUAAUCAUGAAAUACUAUUUUAAGGGAUCUAAACUGGGCUAAAGUGUCAUGAAUGUUAACGUUUGCUUUGAAAGCAUUAACAGCAAAGCCAUUAAAGCAGGGGUGUCCAAACUCGGUCCUGGAGGGCCAGUGUCCUGCAUAGUUUAGCUCCAACACACCUGCCUGGAAGUUUUUAUAUACCUAGAAGGAGCUUGAUUAUAUGCUUCAGGGGUCUUUAAUUGGGGUUGGAACUAAAAUAAGCAGGACACCGGCCCUCCAGGACUGAGUUUGGGCUCCCAUGCAUUAAAUAGUUAAAGGAAUAAUAAUCAGAUUCUCUUGAACGCAGAUGUAGGGACAACUUGAAAACUGUGGGUGGCAGCAAAGACUCUGUUACGGUUGAUACAUGCUAUGACUCCUUUGCUCUGGAAAAUAAAUAAGUAAAUGAAUAAAUAAAUGCAGGCAACUGUUCCAUGUUAUAUUUUGGAACAAAUUUAUCGUCCAACCCUUCAUCAUUUUCUUGGCAGGCUUAAAAAUAAGUUUGUUUAUUUGUUUGUUUGUUUCUAAAAGGGAAUCGGGCCUAUUGUGUUCUCUCAUUCCAAAAAGGCACAUUUAUAUAUUGUGAUUGAGUCUAUGUAUUAUGGAGCUCUUUCUCUGUUUAGCUGUGGUCAAGGGUCAUGAUUUCCCCUCGUAGGACUUUAACAGGGUAAAUCAGAGAGGAAAUGAUCCUGGUGUAUUUAAGACUUGUACAGUCAUCUCUUUGCACAAGACCUUCACAUUAUUUCUCUAUUUAUGUUACGUUCGCAUGCCUCUAGAUGCCAUGUCCUUAAUACUUCCUUAAACUUUACAGUGUAAUACAUUUUUUAUAAUAAAUUGUUUACUCAAUGA